CGCCCCUGCGAGAGGACGUUGCGUGCUCGCUCGCGCCAGGCGAGUCUCCGCGUCUCCCUCGCGAACUCGGUGAAAAGGAAUUGGCGCCGUUCGACACCAGGCGGGUCCGCUCUGCAGCACGCAGCCAUAUCCAGCCGCAGCUACCGCCCGGGCCAACGAGCAGCCGCCACCAGUGGCCGACGGAGGGGAGCCGAGGUUGAGCCAGCACCCAGCAGUGAAUUGGGGCCCUCACCAUGAGUUCCUCGCCUGUUAAUGUAAAAAAGCUGAAGGUGUCGGAGCUGAAAGAGGAGCUCAAGAAGAGGCGCCUGUCCGAUAAAGGCCUCAAGGCCGAGCUCAUGGAUCGACUCCAGGCCGCGCUGGACGACGAGGAGGCCGGGGGCCGCCCCGCAAUGGAGCCCGGGAACGGCAGCCUCGACCUGGGCGGGGAUUCCGCCGGGCGCUCGAGCGCAGGCCUCGAGCAGGAGGCCGCGGCCGGCGGCGACGAGGAGGAGGAAGAGGAGGAGGAAGGCAUCGCCGCGCUAGAUGGCGACCAGAUGGAGCUAGGAGAGGAGAACGGGGCCGCGGGGGCGGCCGACGCGGGCCCGAUGGAAGAGGAGGAGGCCGCGUCGGAGGACGAGAACGGCGACGAUCAGGGCUUCCAGGAAGGAGAGGACGAGCUCGGCGAGGAGGAGGAGGGCGCGGGCGACGAGAAUGGGCACGGAGAGCAGCAGGCUCAACCGCCGGCGACGCCGCAGCCCCAGCCCCCCCAGCAGCGCGGGGCCGCCAAGGAGGCCGCGGGGAAGAGCGGCGGCCCCACCUCGCUCUUCGCGGUGACCGUAGCUCCGCCCGGGGCGAGGCAGGGCCAGCAGCAGGCGGGAGGUAAGAAGAAGGCGGAAGGCGGCGGAGGCGGCGGUCGCCCCGGGGCUCCGGCGGCGGGAGAUGGCAAAACAGAGCAGAAAGGCGGAGAUAAAAAGAGAGGGGUAAAAAGACCUCGAGAAGAUCAUGGCCGAGGAUAUUUUGAGUACAUCGAAGAGAACAAGUACAGCAGAGCCAAAUCUCCUCAGCCACCUGUUGAAGAAGAAGAUGAGCACUUCGAUGAUACGGUGGUUUGUCUUGAUACUUAUAAUUGUGAUCUACAUUUUAAAAUCUCAAGAGAUCGCCUCAGUGCUUCUUCCCUCACUAUGGAGAGCUUUGCUUUUCUUUGGGCUGGAGGAAGAGCCUCUUACGGUGUGUCAAAAGGCAAAGUCUGUUUUGAGAUGAAGGUUACAGAGAAGAUCCCAGUAAGGCAUUUAUACACAAAAGAUAUUGACAUACAUGAAGUUCGGAUUGGAUGGUCACUAACCACAAGUGGAAUGUUGCUUGGUGAAGAAGAAUUUUCUUAUGGCUAUUCUCUAAAAGGAAUAAAAACAUGCAACUGUGAGACAGAAGAUUAUGGAGAAAAGUUUGAUGAAAACGAUGUGAUUACUUGUUUUGUUGUGAUGAUGAUUGGCUUGCCAGGUGCUGGGAAAACUACUUGGGUUACUAAACAUGCAGCUGAAAAUCCUGGUAAAUACAACAUUCUUGGAACAAAUACCAUUAUGGAUAAAAUGAUGGUUGCAGGUUUUAAGAAGCAAAUGGCAGAUACUGGAAAGCUGAACACACUAUUGCAGCGAGCCCCACAGUGUCUUGGGAAGUUUAUUGAGAUUGCUGCUCCUGGUAACCGUGGUGGUUAUAAUCGGAGGGGCAACAUGCCCCAGAGAGGUGGCGGUGGUGGUGGGAGUGGUGGCAUCGGUUAUCCGUACCCUCGUGGUCCUGUUUUUCCUGGCCGAGGAGGCUAUUCAAACAGAGGGAACUACAACAGAGGUGGAAUGCCUAACAGAGGAAACUAUAACCAGAACUUCAGAGGACGAGGAAACAAUCGUGGCUACAAAAAUCAAUCUCAGGGCUACAACCAGUGGCAGCAGGGUCAAUUCUGGGGUCAGAAGCCAUGGAGUCAGCAUUAUCACCAAGGAUAUUAUUGAAUACCCAAAUAAAACGAACUGAUACAUAUUUCUCCAAAACCUUCACAAGAAGUCGACUGUUUUCUUUAGUAGGCUAACUUUUUAAACAUUCCACAAGAGGAAGUGCCUGCGGGUUCCUUUUUUAGAAGCUUUGUGGGUUGAUUUUUUUUUUUCUUUUCUUUUUUGUACAUUUUUAAUUGCAGUUUUAAAGUGAAUCGUAAGAGAACCUCAGCAUUGUGCACGAUAAGAGAAUGUGUCAGUAUUUCAGGGUUCUACAUUUUAUCUGUAAAAUGUGACUUUUUUUUUAUCACAACAAAAGUAAAAUGUUGCUUUGUACCUGGUGUCUUUUAUUAAGAAUUUACUCCCCCCGUUUCUCACAGAGAAUAACAGUCGGGAGUCAUUGUCACAAUAUAAUAGAAAUGUUAGCAACCAGAUUCAUGAAAGGACUAAGUGGUCCUCAUGAAUUGCAUAAGACUCUGUACUGCUCAUAUUACACUCCAUCCUCUCUGUAGUUUUUUGUUUUUUUGUUUUUUUUGUUUUUGGGGUAGUGGCGGGGGUCAGCUAAGUAGUAAUCUCUGACAAAAUCUGGGAAGGCUACUUCUGUAUAACAACGGAAUUGGCAUAAUUGGUGAUGAAGAUAAAACUUGGAACCGAAAUGGAGAAGAUGGAGUGUAUGUAGAAGGGCUGUUAAAAAUGUAAAACUUGGUUGCAUUAUUUGUGGAGGCUCAUACUUGUGAAGGUUAAAUACCAUAAUUUUUCCAUUUGUUCUGCAUUUUGAUUCUGAAAAGAAAGCUGGCUUUGCCCAUUUCUUAUUAAAAAACUUGUUGUAAAUCCAGUUGUCUAAUGGGAUCUAUAUGAAGUUAGCUAUGUCUGUAUGCCCUUCUCCCACAAAAUACUGUAUAACUAGUGUGCUUGUAGUAGUUAACUCCACCAUCUUUGUAAGCUAAUGAAAUUGUGAGUCACCCAUUUAUAUCUUAAUUUUUAAUCAUGUCAGUUCUUGAAUGGGUAUCUCCUUAGCCUGCUGAUUUCCUUUUUCUUUCUAAAGAAAGUGGGUGGAGAAAUUAAUUUAGACGUUUGUUUGCAAUAAAAAGAAUUCAUUUUA